GUAAUAAAAAGAGCAGACCAUGUGUUUUGAAUGUUACAAUAUGAAAGAUGAUGAUAUUUUGAUUUGUUGCUUGUUAUGUGAUUUGUUGUGAGCUUCUAGUUUUGAAAAAUAUGACAUUUUAAUAGUGUAAAAUUGUUGUCACUAUAUUAACCCUCAUUUACGCGUGUGAAUAAAAAUAUAAUUUUACAGACUGUAUUAUAGGUUAGAGGAUUUACGAGUCCUUGUUAGAAAUUUUAUGAUAUUUAAGUAAAAAGAUGGCUUCGGAGACAACAAGGCUUAAAAAUAAAAUUCCGUUAAUAGCAGGCACAAAACCUUCUGUAAAAAAUUCACAGUUGCUCAUAUCAACAGGAAUACCUUCUUUAGAUCAUAUGAUAGGUGGAGGCUUACCCAUUGGUUCGAUAUUUGUAAUUGAGGAAGAUAAGUACGAUCUGUAUGCAAAAGUUAUGUUAAAGUACUUUAUAGCAGAAGGGAUAGUCACUUCUCAGCCUGUAUUAGUUGCAUCACAAGAUAUUCAGCCUUCUAGAUUAAUAUCUGAAUUACCAGCUGUUGUAAAUGAUUCGGAUUCACAGGCAAAAGCAAUAAAUUUAGAACAAAUGGAAAUUGCUUGGCGCUAUCAAAAUAUGAGAGUAGUAGAUUCUUCUCCUACAGGAAGUCAAGUAUUUGGUCAUUUUUAUGACCUUACGAAAUCAAUGCAACAUGAGGUCCUAGAACAAGCAGAUAUAAAGGAGUGGCACCAAGAUGAUCUAGAAGGACAGAACAGUAUGUUUGAGAACAUUGCUUAUGCAGAUCUAUUACAUACCAUUCAAAAAACUUUGCAUGAUGGAAAGUAUUCUGUCAACGAAACACCAGAGAAGAGGAAGAUUUUAAGAAUUGCCAUUCAUUCUUUGGGAUCCAGAUUAUGGCUUUGCAACAGAAUAAAUUCCUCGCAUCGUGAUUUGUUAAAGUUUCUCUAUUGCCUGAGAGCACUUUUAAGGAAUUCUUAUGCAGUUGGCCUGAUAACGACUCCAAUUAACACUUUUAACAAUACUGAUGUUGUUGUCGAGAAAAUCGAACACAUGUCAGACAUAGCAAUCAGAUUAGAAUCGUUUGCGGGAUCUGCAAAAGAGACCAAUCCAUUAUUCAAGGAUUAUCACGGGCUUUUGUACAUCAACAAAUUAUCUGCAUUAAAUACGUUGGCGCCUCAGUGUCCACAAUUCAGGGACCUAGUAUUCAAAUUACGUCGUAAAAAGUUUAUUAUAGAAAUAUUGCAUCUACCGCCAGAGUUUGCAGACACGACACAACGAGAGCAAGAUGACACAAUAAUAUCGGACACAGGAUGUAUGAGCGGAUCUCGUAAAAGUGCAUUAGAUUUCUAAAUUUAUAUACUUUGUAUUGAAUUUAAUUCAAUAAUAGUUAUAUAUAUUAUUUAAAAUUUAUAUUUAAUAACUCGUAUUUUACCUAGUGUUCUACUCAUCCGCUAAGACUUAUUAAAGUUAAUUCUUUCAGUUAUGAUUAUUUUUUUAUGUUUAUCUUUUAUGAGUGCUUUGUACAAGCAAGUAGUAAACCGAAUUUACACAUAUACGUAUGUUAUACCUAUCCCGUUUAACGGGAAAUGCAUGGUGUGGCGGCUGAAUUAAUGUAGACAAGAGGAGAUAGGCUCCGUGAACACUUACAAUAAUGCGCAUAAAAUAUCUUUUUGCCGCGUUACACGGUAUAUGGGUUGAACCUGCAAGUCGUUUCGUAUUAUACUUUCAUAAAGAUCUCGAGCAAAAUUUUGACGUCAUACGAUGCAAGGAUUAUUGUCAAUUACCCUUCUAAGAACGAGUCUCUCAAGCUGCAGAAAGUUUUAAUUUAAUUUGUUAUUAUAUUAUAUAUAAUUAAUUUAAAAUAAGAUUUAAUUUGUAUAAAUUAUAAAUUUUCGCGAAACUUAUAACAGGCAGCUAUAUUAAGUUAAAAUUAAACUGAAAAUUAGAAAAUAAGAUUAGAAAUCCAUCUCAAAUCUACUUUUGAGAUAUUCAUGUGUGUAUGAAUUCAAUUUUACUAACUUAUAAAUAUCCUUUAUAAAUA